AUGAUGAAUGAAAACAAGACAGAAGAAAUAACACCACAAAUAAAUACAAAUGAGAUUAAAGAAGAACACAUUGGAACAACUAUAAAACACGAAGAGGAGGAACAAGAAAAUAGAGAGAAAAGAAGUUUCAAGGGAGCACCAGUUUUUUGUUUCUUUUGUGGAGGAGAAGGGCACACGUUCAGAGAUUGUCCUUUCAAAUCGCACCACAAUGAGACAAAAGUACAAAAAGAAGAACAGCAAAAACAAGAGAAGAAAGAAAGCGAAGUUGUUGUAUUGGAAAAACACAACGAAGAAAUAGAGCUCAUAAUCAGUGAAAUGGUCGGAAAAGCGAAAGAGAGUAUUAAGGAACAAAUCAUUAAAGAAAUCAAAGACGAAGUGAGAAAGGAAUUAAUGGAAGAAAUUACUAAGAAGUGUCAAAAUAUGUAA